AUAAAGUAAUAGGAAGCCCGAUCUUUAAUGAGAUAUUGCCGAAGCGACGAUAUAAUUUGAGAAUGGUAGAGUUGUAUCGAGAUACAAAACAGUAAGAAUAUCAGGUUCAUAAUAUAUAGUCAUCUCGCGUCUCGUGCAAUAGUAGGCACCUGAGGUUCUACUCCUCUCGGACAUGCUUGUAUGAGAAUUGGCUUUCCGUGAGGCAAUUUCUUGGACGGUAUCACACGAGUACGGGACAUCGAAAUAUCCUUAGCUGUGGAUACGCAGUUAUCGUGACGCAAAAGAUUCGUGGCUUCUCAGUGAACGUUAUAUAUAGAACGACGGAAACGAUAUAGCAAUAUAGUGGAAUACAGCGCGUGCAAACAGGAUAUCGACUGGCCAUUCUCGAUUUCGAAGGGGACGCCAUUGUUUUGGCGGGCACGUGCAUUUUAUUGCCGGCGCGAGGAUUUCACUGGCUUAAACUCUGUGCUAUUCGCACUUAUGAACAACAUUACCUCCAAAAUGGAAUCCAUGGAAAUAACAGCAGAGCCUACUACCAUGAAUAAAGAUAGUACAUCAUCCUGCAGGGAAUCUGUAUCCGUCGAUGAUAUGACCUCGAGGGAUUACUAUUUUGAUUCUUAUGCCCACUAUGGGAUACACGAAGAAAUGUUGAAAGAUGAAGUUCGCACUGUGACUUAUCGUAACUCAAUGUAUCAUAACAAACAUCUCUUCAAAGGGAAAACAGUCCUUGAUAUUGGCUGUGGUACUGGUAUUCUUUCCAUGUUUGCGGCUAAAGCUGGUGCAGCCAAAGUCAUUGGCAUCGAGUGCUCUAAUAUUGUUGAAUAUGCAGAGAAGAUAGUAGAAGCAAAUAACCUAUCUAACAUUAUAACGAUACUUAAAGGAAAAGUUGAAGAAGUUUCAUUACCUGAUGGUAUAGAAAAAGUUGAUAUAAUAAUAUCCGAGUGGAUGGGUUAUUGUUUGUUUUAUGAAUCAAUGUUAGAUACAGUGCUCUUCGCUAGGGAUAAGUGGCUUCGUGAAGAUGGUAUGCUUUUCCCUGAUAAAGCAACUUUAUUCAUUUGUGGGAUUGAAGACAGACAAUAUAAGGAUGAGAAGAUCAAUUGGUGGGACGACGUAUAUGGAUUUGAUAUGAGCAGCAUAAGAAAAGUAGCCAUUAGCGAACCGCUAGUAGAUGUUGUCGACCCAAAACAAGUUGUUACUAAUGCAUGCCUAAUCAAAGAAGUUGAUCUUUAUACAGUUACGAAGGCUGAUCUCGAGUUUUCAUCACCAUUUACUCUUCAAGUCCGCAGAAAUGACUACGUCCAAGCUUUAGUUACAUUCUUUAACAUCGAAUUCACCAAGUGCCACAAACGUAUUGGCUUCAGUACUGCACCAGAAGUGCCAUACACGCAUUGGAAGCAAACUGUCUUUUAUUUCGACGAAUACAUGACAGUAAAGAAGGGAGAAGAGAUAUAUGGCGUAUUCUCAAUGAGGCCCAAUGCCAGAAAUUACAGGGAUCUGGAUUUCAGCAUUGAGUUGGACUUUAAAGGAGAGUUGUGCCAAGUACAUGAAACUAAUAACUAUCGUAUGCGCUGAUAUACAGUGGAUUGUUCGCUUUCCACUUUUUUCAUAACUCGUAAAAAUGUCAUUUAAUCAAGCCUGAAGCCGAUCCUACUUAUUAUGGAACUAUUAAUGAUUGUGUUUAGCAAUACAACAUGUAUUGUCAACGAUAUAUAAACUGUCAAAUUUUUGACAGGUCUUUAAUUUUAAAAAGCAUGAAUGCUUUCUGAUUAGAUAUUUAAUAUAAUGACUUUUAUAGACAUUCUCUUCUAUAAACGUGCAAAUAUCUGGAAUAUUAAUUAUAUUUAUAAUAUUAAAUUCAAAUAAAGAAUGACAAGAUAUUGUAAUAAAAAAACGCGAAUUUUCGCGCACAACUAAAAGCACAUUUAUCUAUCAAUUUAUAAAAAAAGUCUUCGAAUGUUGAGCGAGAGUUUUUGGUAAUAUCCUAUUGUAAUUGUAUUAAAGGAUAUUACUUGUAAUAUCUUUGAUGUAUACAAUAAAAUAUAUAAUUGUGCGCCAAAAUUCUCUCAUUCUUUUUAAUAUUAUUGGACUUGUUUUUAUAUAGUGUAAUUUCAUCAAAAAACACUUAAAAAUCGGAAUUUUAAUUUGAUAAAAAUUUUUGCAUUGUCUUCUUUCAUUAUUACCUCUAAUUAAGCUUAUUUAAGCUUAUUUACUAAUAAGCUUAUUUAUUGCUUAUUUGUCAAUAAAUGAUGUUUAGAACAGA